GAUACUUAUCAUGGGAUGUACUGUCUCUAUUAUGACAGGAUAUGAAUUUUGAGGACAUGGCCAUUGCCUUUUCUCAGGAGGAGUGGGGGCUUCUUGAUGAGGCUCAGAGACACCUGUACUGUGAUGUGAUGCUGGAAGUUUUUGCACUUCUAUCAAUUGCAGGUCCUUGGCAUAAAAGGGAUGAUGUGGAGGCCUAUUCUGAGCACAGUGUAUCUGUAGGAGAGUCUCAGGUCAGGGCUUCCAAGACAGCCGCACCCACCCAGAGGACCCAUCUGUGUAAGCCGUGCUUCUCAGUGUUAAAAGAUAUUUUGCACCUGACUGAGUUACAAGUGGUUUACUUUGAGAAGAAUGUGUUCUUAAGUGAUGCCUGUGUGAGAGACUUGUGUUUCAGUGCAAACCCUCACCAGCAACAGAAGGAUGCCAGUGGAGAGAAGCCCUGGAAAGAAGAUAUGGAGAGUGCCUCGCUUGUGACGAGUUGCUGCUUCUACUUAUCUGGGGUGCCUGCAGCCAAUAUGGAGGUCGGUGAAGACUCCCCAGCCAUCUCAGGGCUGCUCCAGCACCAGGCCACUCUUAACACUGAGGAGCCACACAGUAGCAAUGAGAUUUCACAGGAAUUUCUCAGUGGAAAAAGACAUCACCAGUGUGUUGAAUGUGAAACAGCUGUCAACCAGAAACAGAAAGUUGCUUAUCAGAAAGGUCUCUGCUCUGGAGAUAGGAUUGAUGAGUAUAAUAAAUGUGGGAAAGUGUUUAGACGAAUAUUUAACCACCUUCAUCAUGGGAGAGUUCACACUACUGAAAAGCCCUACGAAUGUAUUGAUUGUGGGAAGGUCUUCAGUGAAAGCACUGCUCUCAUUAAACACAACAGAGUUCACAUUAGAGAAAAGCAGUAUGAAUGUAGUGACUGUGGGAAGUCCUUCAGUCACAGGUCUGACUUGACUAGACACCUCAGAAUUCACACUGGAGAAAAGCCGUAUGUGUGUAGUGAAUGUGGAAAGCAUUUCAGUCGAAGGUCUUACCUCACUAUACACCACAGAGUUCACACUGGAGAAAAGCCAUAUGAGUGUAGUGAUUGUGGGAAGUCCUUUAGUCAAAGGUCUCACCUCACUAUACACCACAGAGUUCACACUGGAGAAAAGCCAUAUGUGUGUAGUGAAUGUGGUAAGCAUUUCAGUCAAAGGUCUCACCUCACUCUACACCACAGAGUUCACACUGGAGAAAAGCCAUAAAUAUACAGGGAAUGUUUUAUUUUCACUUAUUAUAAGAGCACUUAAGGAGCUCUAUGGGACCCUUUACAUGAAUGUAAACCCCUUUUAUGAGAGGAUACACUCUGCUAGAUUCCUCAUAAAUUUGACGUACACGUGAGACUUGAAGGAGUUGUGUUGUACUUGCUAACAUGCCCAGACCUACUACCCAAAUGAUGUCACCAUCUGUUUCUCACUGAAGAGAUUUCACCUCUAAAACCUGGCUCACCUGAGGAGUGUGCAUCGGUCACAAUCCGUGGGUGCUCAGGGGAAUGUAGUCUGUGUUCUCACUUUUGCUUGAAGUAAUUAUGGUUCCUCCAAGCUCUUGGCAGUAUCCUCAUUAAUUUACCUAUGACUAGAAAAUGGACCUGGCCCAGGAUUCAUCCAGAGUACCUGUUCUCAGCUAAGAAGUGCUACCUUUUUCAGGGACAUAUUGGUAAAUCACAUUAUGCUUUGAUAAAUUUGGGGGGAUUCGUAUUCACCAUCCUGUAAACCCUUUGCUCUCCUCUGCUCAGGUUUAUGAUCUUUUUUAAAGGUGUUUUUACAUUUGUACCUUUAAUUUUUGUUUUAUUCCCUGCCACGGAUGAUUUGCAAACACAAAUGUGAUCCGUCAGCGUGCAGAGAUGAAUAGAUGUUGUGUUUAUCCCAAAGUUUAUGUGGUUUGGAAGGGAGAGCAUAAUGGCAGGAAGUCACUUUUUGUCCAAUAUUGGCUUAUUAUUUACUGCAGCCCAUGGCCUUGAAAUAAAGACCACAUGACUUUGUGCAUUUAUUUUGCAGCCUAGUGCCUCGAUUAUUGGUGAGGGCAAAGAUCACUCCGAAGAUCGCUCUGCUUCUGUGACCAAUAUGAAUCAUGUUCUCUGUUCACAAUAUGUAUUACAUAAGUUUCAGCUAUGUUUAGGGAAUCUGCUCUCCACGUACUGCAAAGGGGCCAUGUGCCAGGAAGUGUGAAAUUUCAUAGGCUGGUGUCAUUAUUGUAAGACUCGGAGGUGGAACCACAAUCAGGACAGAAACACUGUUUCCAUAGUAAGUGGGAAAGCCUGCAGUAAAUUAGAUGAAAAGGGCCUCUUCUGAACAUAAGGCCACGAAUGUCCCAGGGCCUGUGGCUUGUGUGACCUUUAUGUACAGACAUUCUCAGGACCUCCAAAACUGUUUCAUGUAGCUGAAGUCAUUGGCAGAUAAAAUAAUCUAAUGCUAUUGUGUAUUCCCUGGCCCCUCUAGGAUAUUCACAUAAGGUAGUUGCUCACCAGGCAAGAAGUCA